AUGCGCUACCUCAUCGCCAUCCUCUCUCUCCUGAGCCUCGCCAACGCCCAGUUUGGCGGCUUCUUUGACCAAAUGUUUGGUCAACAGGGCGGCCACGAGCAGCACCACGGCCAACCUCAGAACAACCCCAGCGACGCUUCUCAUUACCGCAACCAGUACGAUAACUCCGUCUGCGACAAGUACCUCUGCCCCGAUACUCUCGCCUGCGUCCACUUCCCCCACCACUGCCCCUGCGCCUGGGAUGCGCAACAGGAAAAGUUCGAGUUGGCUGAGGGUCAGCGCAUCUGCGUCUCUCGCGGCGGGUUCCGCGAGGGCGAGACGGCGCGCAAGCUUGAGCUGGCCCGAAAGGGUCUGCUGUGA